AUGCGUUACUCAUCAUCUAUUUUGGCAAUUUCUGCCGCGACGCUCACUACAGCUUUACCACAAUAUCAACCAUACCCGGGAGAACCCAAAGAUGAGUCUCAGCAGCGAGCGAAUGCCGUGAAAGAGGCAUUCGAAUUCAGCUGGCAGGGCUAUUCUGAAUACGCUUUCCCUAAUGACGAGCUUCUACCAGUCACGAACGGUUUCAGUAAUUCGAGAAACGGAUGGGGCGCUUCCGCAGCAGAUGCACUUUCGACCGCUUUGGUAAUGGGAGAGAAGGAGAUUGUGAACCAGAUUUUGGACUAUGUUCCGUCGAUUGACUGGAGCGUGAGCGCCGACGACCAGGUCGUGUCGCUUUUCGAGACAACGAUUCGCUACCUUGGAGGACUUCUCUCAGGAUACGACUUGCUCAGUGGACCUUUGGCAGAUUUGGCUGAUAACAAGGACAAUGUCGCGUCUCUGCUGGUGCAAGCACAGAACCUUGCAAACAACCUCAGUUUUGCGUUCGAUACUCCUACUGGUAUCCCGUACAACCAGAUCUUCGUAGGCAACCGAACCAAUGAUGGCUCGGACACAAAUGGACUGGCCACUAUUGGAACCUUGAUCCUCGAGUGGCAGCGCCUUUCAGAUCUCACAGGCGACUCCACUUACGGGGACCUCGCCUCUCGUGCAGAAAGCUAUCUGUUGAACCCAUCACCUCCUCAGGCCGAGCCAUUUCCUGGACUCGUUGGCUCUGAGAUUGGCAUCAACAAUGGCUCCUUCACCAAUGCUCGCGGAGCCUGGACUGGAGGCACCGACAGCUUCUACGAGUAUCUCAUCAAGAUGUACGUCUAUGACACGUCUCGAUACGCCGAAUACAGAGAUCGCUGGAUCCUGGCAGCAGAUAGCAGCAUUCAGUAUCUUGCUUCGCACCCUUCAUCCCGCCCGGAUCUCACUUUCCUUGCCGACUACAAUGGUCAAAGAUUGAUCAAUGGAAGCCAGCAUCUUGCUUGCUUUGACGGUGGUAACUUCAUCUUGGGUGGACUUGUGCUCAACGACCAGAAAUACACCGAUUUCGGCCUUCAACUUGUAGAGGCCUGUGAGGAAACUUACAGCCAGACACUCACCGGUAUCGGUCCCGAAGUCUUCUCUUGGAAUACCACAACUCUCCCCGCGAACCAGACCGAAUUCUACGAACGUGCUGGUUUCUGGAUUGUCGCAGGGUCUUACGUUCUGCGACCUGAGGUUAUCGAGAGCUUCUACUAUGCUUACCGCGUGACUGGUAAUCGCAAAUACCAAGACUACGCAUGGAAUGCCUUCGUGGCCAUCAACGAGACUUGCCGUGUCGGAUCUGGCUUCAGCAGUAUCUCGGAUGUCAAUGCACCAGGCGGUGGCAGCUUCGAUAACUUCCAGGAGAGCUUCUGGUUUGCGGAAGUGCUCAAGUACAGUUACUUGAUUCAUGCUCCGGAUGCAGAAUAUCAAGUUAAUCACGAGGGGAAGAAUGAGUAUGUUUUCAACACGGAGGCGCAUCCAGUCAAGGUCGCUGGGACACCAAUAUAA